UCUUCGUAAUGUUGCAUCCAACUGCCGCAAAAUCAUGUGCAUUGGCAGAAAUUACAUGGACCACAUCACCGAACUAGGCAACAAAAAACCCGCAAACCCCUUCUUCUUCCUCAAACCCCCAUCCUCCAUCCUCCUCAAAGGCGACGGCCCAAUCCUCCGCCCCCGCGGCGUAAACGUCCACUACGAAGUCGAACUCGGCCUAGUAAUGGGUCGUAAAGUGCGCGACCUCGAUCCAAACGACUCCAAAACAGCUUUGGAUUGCAUAGAAAGCUAUCUCCUCACCAUCGACAUGACUGGUCGUAAUGUGCAAGAGGAAGCCAAGAAAAAGGGUUUACCUUGGAGUAUUGCAAAGGGGUUUGAUACUUUUUUGCCCAUUGCCGGGCCGAUUUCGAAAGAUCAGGUCAAGGAUCCUCAUAAUAUUGAGUUGUUUUUGAGUGUUAAUGGGGAGAUGAAGCAGAAUGAUAAUACCAAUCUCAUGCUGUUCCAGAUUCCUAGGCAGUUGGCUGAUAUCAGUAGAGUCAUGACUCUGGAGAAGGGAGACAUCAUUUUGACUGGAACUCCCAAGGGCGUGGGUGCUGUCAAGACUGGAGACGUCAUUAGAGCUGGUAUGCGUGUGGAUGGAAAGGAAAUUGAGGAAGCUAGCAUUGAGGUCGAGGUCAAGGAUCGCGACGGUCCUUAUGAGUUUGCUGAGACAUGAGAAAGCUAGGUAGAACCAUCCUUGCUUUUGUACAUAUCCCCUCUACAGCAAAGAGCGAACAUCUGUUCAUAUUACCACAAAAGCCAGAGCUUUAUGUCUGUAUUGUACUUCCUCUUCCAUUCU